CUCCAUCCUUCGCAUGAAUUUCGGUCAUAUUGAAAUCAACAGUUGAGGCGAACACGUUUCUACUUUGCUUUAUUUGAGAUUUCACGUGUACAUUUAUUCUCUUUGUUUCACAUAGAUCUGUACAGAUUAUUAUAAAUCAACAUGUUUUGGGGAUUGAUACUGCAACCGAAUAAGCGGUACAACCAAAAGGUAACGGAAUCAUUCCAUGUGACCAUGGCGAGUUUAGAUACGCGAACAUCCGAUAAUGGUGAAGUACGAUUAAUACUAAACCACAAGAAUAAACAUUUCCUGAUUUGCACUUUACAAAAGAACAAAGUAUUGCAAAUGCCUCUCGAUUUAAGUUUUACUAAGGGAACCGACUUAGCCCUUUUAAUUGAUGGUAAUAGUAAUGUGCAUCUGACUGGAUAUACGAUUCCGGACUUGGAAGACGAUUUCAGUAAUUCAGAAGAUGAAAGUUCAUAUAUAGAAGGGUCAAUUGAGAAUGGAAAGAAGAGAAAGGCAGAAUCACAAUAUAAUAGAAAGAAAGUAAAGCAAGCUAAGCAAGAACUUGUAAAUGAUAGUAAUAAUCAGGAUGAGAGUGAUGUGGAUAAUUCUCAAUAUUUAGAAGAAGAGUUUGAUAGUGAUGAUGAUAUAGAAAAUGUAAUGACUGGUGAUGAUUAUAGUGAGGAUGAGGAUGAGGAUGAGAAUGAGGAUGAGGAUGAGGAUGAGGAUGAGGAUGAGGAUGAAGAUGAGGAUGAGGAUGAGGAACAGAAACAGAAAAAAAUAGCAAAAUCUCAAAAGCAUGAAAAAAAGGAAAUAAAUAAUCAGCAACAAAAAAAGAAACAUGAUAAGCAAAAUAAAAUAAAUGAAGAAAAAACCAAACAAGAACAACAAAGUAAGAAACAAAAUAAGAAAAUGCAGCAGAAACUGCAAGAGAACAAUCUACCGAACAGGAGAUUCUUUCAGGGUAAUGUGAUAGUGGAAGAUUUAAAAGUUGGUGAUGGUACACUCGCGACAAUUGGCAAACUUAUCACAAUUUAUUACGAGGGUCGUAUUAAAGGUCAAGAAAAGAAAUUUGACUCUUGUACGAGUGGAAAAGGUGUUAAAAUACGCCUCUAAAACGACAUGUGCAAAGGAUUGAAUAUAGGAAUGUGUGGAAUGAAACCUGGAGGAAAGCGCCGUAUCACAAUACCACCUAUGAUGGGGUUUGGGGAUAAAAGCACUUAUAAAGUUCCUGCUAAUAGCACACUUGUAUACGAAGUUGAACUUAAGAAUGUUAAUUAAAUGAAUAUUUUCAAGCAUUUGAUAUAUAUAUAUAUAUGACUUA